AGCGAGCCACCACUCUUUUACACCUGAACCAUAAUAAACAUAAUAUGUUAAACCCAGAUAUAAUUAUUCCAGUAACACUGAUUAUAUCAGAGGUUAGACAUCUUAAAAAUAUUAUACAAGUAAAAUGGUUUCGACAAAAUUUAUAAUAAUAAAAUGUGUAUUGUUAAACAUUAUUUCUUUGUCAACAACAACUACAGAAGAAGAAUACAAACUGUUACCAGAUCUGUUUAAGUUUGACGACUAUGACAAGUGUUUUUAUUAUAGUACUGCUUCUGAACCAACUUACUGUACAAUUACAGUUGAAUUGCUACCGAAACAAUUUCCACAUUCAAACCAUUUAUGGGAUAUUAUAGAGAGAGUGAGUUCGGACAGAAAAAACUAUCGCCACGAUUUACUAAGACACGGAAUAUGUGCCAGUAGGAAAUGUGGAAAACACAAUGAGACAAUACCUGAGUGCUUAAGUCGCAUAUACAAACUAAAAUAUGGACGUUUAGGGCUUGAUACUCAAAUUAACCAGCUGCACUGCGAAACGAAGGAAUCCGAAUAUGUUAUAAGGACCAAAGAUUUUGUUGUUUUGAUCGUUUUGGGAACUUACGUGGGCUUUGUAGUACUCGCUUCAGUAUGGUUGACGAUUUAUGGAAAGAAAUCAGUGAAAAAUGAGGACACAAAAAUAUCUUCGGUGGAGGAUUUUCUCUCUGCAUUUUCACUUUCUGAUAAUAUCCGUUCUAUAAUGCACAAAAACGUAGGAAAACAGGCCAAUAAUUAUUUACCUACUAUACAAGGUGUCCGAUUUUUUGCUUCAUUUUUUCUGAUCGUGGUUCAUACAACAGCUGCAUUGUUACAAAUUGCAGUUGCUAAUCCCGAAAGUGUAGAAAAAAUGGGAAAGUCCUUUGUCAGUCUUGCUUUAUACAGUCAAGCAACAUUUGUUCAAGCUUUCUUCGUAAUUUCCUCUUUCUUGAUGACAUUCAACUUUUACAGUCACAUGACACGUGUAGGCAAGGUUACCCUAGGAUACACUUUACGCGGAAUCGUCAAAAGAUAUAUAAGGUUUACCUCAGGACAAGCUAUUCUUAUCGCUUUUUGCAGUACAUGGUUUGUACACUUAUAUCGUGGACCGUUUUGGGAACAAGUGUUAGGAUCUGAAUAUAGACAGUGUAGUGAAAAAUGGUGGACUAACUUACUUUACAUCAGUAAUUUUUUCUUUGACCUUGGAUCGUGUUUACCCCACCUCUGGUACUUGUCUGUAGAUUUUCAGCUGACUGUGAUUGGUUUAUUGAUUUUGUGGUUGACGCAAAAUAAUUCGCGCCAACUAUUUUUGGUUUCAGGAAUGUUACUUUCAUUACAAGUCAUAUGGACAUUCAUUUACCUAGGACGAAAUAACUUCGAAUUCAGUUUUAUGUUUGCACCAGAGUUAGGGUAUGACUUGAAAUUUACGUUUGUCAAAGAGUGGCAGGCGACUUGGAUAACUACAAUCUCUAAUUUGGCUGGACUUGCCUGGGGGUUCAUUUUCGGUUACAUGUAUUCACACCGUCAGAAUAUCAAUUUUUUUACGAAAAGAAAUAACCGCAUUUGGUGGUCCGCGAUUGUAACGGUUUGUACUCUGGGAACGAUGUUAUUUUCUGCAUAUUACAAGACUACUGAUUACUAUUCGAAUAGUAGGUGGUUUGCUGCAACUUAUGGUAGUAUGGAGAAAGUGCUAUGUGUUUUUGGAAUGAGUCUGUUCAUUUUUGGCACGUUGCGAGGUCUGGGUGGGUUUGUUAGAAAUGUUCUAGAAUGGGCGCCAAUGCAUACUCUGGGAAAAUUGUCGUUUGGUACAUAUUUAAUUCAUGUACUGUUUCUUUGGUGUGACAAUGCCUUAAAACGAAAUCCUACUCAUUUCACAUGGUAUUUAGUGACCACUGAGAUGUGUAAAAACCUUAGUAUUUCUUACUUAGGGUCAGUAAUCUUGACUUCGUUCGUCUUGAUGCCAACAGAAAACUUAGUGAGGAAGUUUUUGUAGAAAAUAACGUUUCAUUUGGAUAUCCUUUUUGUUACUCAACAAACGGUCAGAGAAUGUAGAUAUUCAGUAGAAACACCGAUAAAGCUGUUGAAUUAUGUGAAGUGCCCUCUGUAAUUCUCCUUCUACAUUUUAAGACUUUUUGACACCUAAAGGAAAUCCAUUCUCAGAAAAAAAUUUCGAACGUUCAAUAAUACUUAUUAUUAUUGUACAUGUCGACCUUGAUGUCCGGUGCUGUAGGUACGCCCAAGGACCACAUUUUUAACCAAAAUAAUAAAAUAUUAUUGUCUCUGACUUACGCUCGUUAUUCUUGACUUCGUCUAUUUUUAUGUCGUGCAAAAAAUUAGCAAACAAGUUUUUGUUAAAAAUAACAAUGACGUAAGAAAUGUUUCUUACAGUAAUAAACAAACUUAUCAGAUA